UCUGUGCCACUCACUGCCUGAGCCUCCCUCCUCACUCCCGGACUGCCAAAGGAAGCAAUCACCAAAAUGAAGACUGCUUUAAUUUUGCUCAGCAUUUUGGGAAUGGCCUGUGCUUUCUCAAUGAAAAAUUUGCAUCGAAGAGUCAAACUAGAGGAUUCUGAAGAAAAUGGGGUCUUUAAGUACAGGCCACGAUAUUAUCUCUACAAGCAUGCCUACUUUCAUCCUGCUCUGAAACGAUUUCCAGUUCAGGGCAGUAGUGACUCAUCUGAAGAAAAUGAAGAUGGUGAUAGUUCAGAAGAGGAGGAGGAAGAAGAGGAGGCUUCAAAUGAAGAAGAAAACAACGAAAAUUCUGAUGAAAACGAAGAUGAAGACUCUGAGGCUGACAACACCACGCUUUCCGCUGUCACACCUGACUACGGAGAGGUCACACCUGGGACAGGGUUAGCUGCGAUCCAGCUGCCCAAGAAGGCUGGGGAUUCGCGAAGCAAAGCUACAAAAAAGAAAGAAAGUGAUGAAGAAGAAGAGGAGGAGGAGGAGGAGGAAGAAAACGAAGAAAACGAAGCAGAGGUGGAUGCAAACGAGCAAGGCGUUAACGGCACCAGCUCCAACAGCACAGAGACCGAAAACGGCAACGGCAGCAGCGGGGGCGACGACGGGGAAGAAAGUGUCACCGGAGCCAGCCAAGAAGGAGGCACCACCUCCCCAAAUGCUGGGUUCUGGCCCACAGCCCCGCCCCCGGAGGUCUACGGGACCAGCUCGCCACCGUCUGGGAGAAGCACGGCCGCGGCGUACGACGCGGAGUACGAGCAAACGGGCACCAGCGAGUACGACAGCGGGUACGAAGUCUACGACAGCGAGCACGGGGGACCUCGCGGGGACACUUACCGAGCCUACGAGGGGGAGGACGGCCACUACAAAGGGCAAGGCUACGACGGCUACUACGACGGCCAGGAUUACUACUACCACCAGUGA